AUGGCAGGUCGUGGCCAUGUGGAUGUGAACGAGAGGAGGCUUAGGCCGAUUUAUGAUAAUCUUGAUAAUGGAAAUAAUAAAGUUGCAAUACAGUUAGUUGAUAAAGUUCUGAAGAAACAGAAGGACUUGCACUGUGCUAAGGUUUUAAAAGCCUUAGCACUGUUUAGAAUGGGUAAAUCAAAUGAGUCGUUCACUUUAAUUCAAGAAGUAGCUUCAUUGGAACCGUCAGAUGACCCAACAUUGCAGGCAAUGUCAAUAUGCUACAGAGAAAUGCAAAAACCUGAGCUUAUUACGAAAAUAUACGAGUCGGCAGUAAGAAAACAACCAAGCAAUGAAGAAUACCAUUCACAUUUGUUUAUGGCUUAUGUGCGAAUGGGAGACUACAAAAAACAACAUCAGGCCGCUAUGACUUUAUACAAACAGUUUCCAAAAAAUCCAUACUACUUCUGGGCUGUUAUGAGUAAAGUUAUGGAGGCAAUGUUUAGUUCAGAUGACACCCUCUCAAAAAAAAUAAUUUUACCUUUAACGUUGAAAAUGGUUGAAAAGUUGGCUAAAGAAGAUAAAUUAGAAGCUGAGGCUGAAGUUCAGCUUUAUUUAAUGGUUCUCGAUCUAAUGGAUAAACACGAAGAAGCUAUCACGCUACUCCAAGGUGAACUUGGAGAGAAGAUUGUAAGUGAAUGGAAUUAUCACAAAUACAGAAUAGCAUGUCUCUACGCUAAGAUGGAGAAAUGGGCAGAAGCCAACGCAGCAUAUAGAAAAUUGUUGCGUGAACAACCUGAUCAAUGGAGCUUUUAUUUAUCAUAUUUUAAAUCAGCGUUUGAACUUAUAGAUUCCGGGUGGACACCACAGGAGGAUCAAAUCUUUGUAGAUGGUCCGCCUGAUUACACUGUAGAUAGUAUAAUUCACUUUGUUGAAGAUGUUAUACAAUUAGAGUCUGCCAAGGACAGUAGACCUCAGAGAGGUCCGUACUUAGCGAGGAUGGAACUUUUCAAGAGGCUUAAAGAAAGAAAGAAUAAGGAUAUAGAAAAAUUGGGUAGUCUGACAGCAAUGUUGUUACACUAUUUUGAUGUGUUUGGUGACAAGUACUGCUGCUUUGGUGACCUAAGUACUUUUCUUGCUGAUCUUGACAAGGAAACUAUCCAGUCAUUCUUGGAUAGUUUAUGGAAAAGACUGGAGUUGGAUCCAGUGGACGGAAAGAUAACAUUUGCAGAAAAUGAAAAACAUUUGCAGAGACAUGUAUCAUUCCUACAAAUAUCAAGGUUCCUUGGAAAACACGAGUCACUCUCGUCAGACGAGAAAAUUUCUCUCUCGAAAGAAUUACUUAAACGUUACCAUGAUGGUCUCAAGUUUGGUGCUGAUUUAUUAAGCACGGAUCUCUUACCAAGUGAUAUGUAUUGUCUGUUUGCAGCUCAUCUUUUGUUGGAUGUUUGGAAGCAGGCAGGUGAUGAUGGCAUGCUAUGGAGGGUUAUUCCAAUAUUAGAGAAGGGACGUUCAAACAGUCCUGCUAAUCACCAUUUUAAGUUGCUGCUUAUAAGAUUAUAUUGCAUUGUGGGUGCGUUUGGACCUUGUCUGCAAUUGUACGAAGAAAUGGAAAUCAAACACGUGCAACGAGAUACGAUCGGAUACAUAGUGACAAGACACUGUGCACCUCUUGGUCAUUUUCACUUGGUCUCAGGGGUUUACAAUGAUACACUCAAAUUUUUCACAGUGAAUCAUAAAGAUACCACAGAGUACAUCAUCUCAGCAUACAAAUAUGGAUCAUUUCCAAAAAUUCCAGAAUUUGUGAAAUUUCGACAAAAGCUGAAUAAUUCUCUGCAUUACACAACAAUAACUGUUGAAAAGAUGAUUUCAGAGUUACUACUAGAGGCAAAUGCUAACAAUUUAAAAUUUGAAGAUUUAAUUAGAUAUAUGGAGAUAAAUCCUGAAAAAGAUGAAAUUGUCUGGGAUGAGCUGAGUGAUAACAGAGAUUUUACUCUGUUAGUGUCCUAUGAUUCCGAGGAAAAGCAAUGCAGUGAGGAAGAUAAAAAAGAUUCAACUGAGCAAGAAAAAGGUUGGCUGAAGUUGCAGAGUUUGGUGUUGCGGAUUCUCACAGCCGCUGGGUUACUGCUUCCCACGGUCAAUACCAAUAUAAAUAAGAAUGGCACAGAAACGCCAGACAUGGGAGAGAUUCUAAAGACGCUUGUCAAUGAGUUUGAGACACAUCUUGAACAACUGGAGAAGAAUCCAGUUACGCAUAAAAAGUUCCCACUCCAAGGCCCACCAGAAUCAAGAACAAGUGAUUUCCUUAAUGGUAACCAUGGGAACAUCAUAUUAAAUAUGAUGAAAGCUACGAGUGAUAUCCAACAUUUACAUGCCAAUGGUAUUGACAACUCUGGUGAGGUACAAGAGAGAAUAAAGAAUUAUCUUCAACAGACACUCAGACUUCUUGAAGAUACACUGUCUAAAAAUAGACAAAGUCUUGUGACAGAGAAGGAUGGACAGAAAAAAUUGCAUUAUUCUGUAUUACCCAACAUGGUGCUUUUAACAGAGAGUAUCGGUUAUAUCACGCUUCUCUCUGGUGUGUGCUGUAAAUUAUUAAAACCAAUUAAAUCUAUAAUUAAUAAACGAAACAGAAAGAAGAAAGAAGCUCCACAAGCAAUGCCUGCAAUAUUUGAAACUUACAAGAAGUUCUUAGACAGCAUUCAGCAGUUUGCUGAUACGGUUCAUAUUGCUGUGUUAGACCUUGACCCAGUGUUUGUAUCCAUGGAUCUCAGUCAACUAAGCCUUGUUGACAAGGAGACGGCUAAAUGUGUCACUAAUAGAGCUAAUAUGAGUGACCGGGAACUUGAGUCAUCGAUGUGGAAGAAAAUAGAAGAGAGUUACAAACAGUCUUCACAGAAUCUCUCAGGGAUAUUGAAACAGAAAAUGGAGUAUCUGGCAACACUCAAACUAUAG